GAAGUCACUGUUGCAGAGCAAAAAUGGCGCAGAGAAAAGAAAACGAGUCACUCACAGAGUCGCAAUCAAUCAGCUGAUGUUUGGUUAUGCUUGAUCGGAGCAAAAAUAUAGAGGAGUUGAUAUUGUAAAAGUAUGGCGGUCGGAGGCGGCGUUAAGGCGGAUGAGUUAGUUCCGUUUCCGGUGAAAGAUCAGCUUCCUGGCGUGGAUUUUUGCGUUUCCAGCUGUCCUUCUUGGCCCGAGGCUAUCAUUUUAGGAUUUCAGCACUUCAUAGUGAUGCUUGGGACUACUGUCAUCAUUCCGUCAAUACUUGUCCCGUUGAUGGGCGGUGGAAAUGUAGAGAAAGCUGAACUUAUCAAUACUUUACUCUUCGUUGCGGGAAUCACCACACUCCUACAGACUCUGUUUGGUACUCGGUUACCUGUGGUUAUUGGAGGAUCUUAUGCAUUUAUUAUCCCUGCCAUUUCCAUUACUUUAAGACGAAACACUAAUACUUUCACUGUAUUCCUAAGUCCUCAUCAGAGGUUUGAGCAAUCCAUGAGAGCUAUACAAGGAGCACUUCUUAUUGCUUCGUUCUUUCAAAUGGUUAUUGGUUUUUUUGGCUUCUGCAGAAUUUUCGCUAGAUUUCUUAGCCCUCUCGCUGUUGUUCCUCUUAUACUUCUGACUGGUCUUGGGCUUUAUGCACAUGGAUUUCCACAAUUGGCUAAGUGCAUUGAAAUUGGACUUCCAGCAUUGGUUAUCGUGGUCUUCUUAUCUCAGUUUCUUCCUCAUAUAAUAAAAACAAAAGGUCACAUAUGGGAAAGAUAUGCAGUUCUUUUCUCGGUUGCAAUCGUAUGGGUUUUUGCUGAAAUUUUGACAGUGGCUGGUGCAUACAACAAUAGAUCUCCCAAUACGCAAUUCAGUUGCCGUACUGAUCGUUCUGGACUCCUUAGUGCUGCUCCUUGGAUAAGGGUUCCAUAUCCAUUUCAAUGGGGACGUCCCACAUUUGAUGCUGGUGAUAUUUUUGCAAUGAUGGCUGCUUGUUUUGUUGCUGUAAUUGAGUCUAUUGGUACAAUUAUUGCAGCAUCAAGGUUUGGGAGUGCCACUCCUGUACCACCUUCUGUUCUCAGCCGGGGUAUUGGCUGGCUGGGGAUAGGAACUUUGAUGGCUGGAGCAUUUGGUACGGGGAGUGGCUUCACAGCAUCAGUAGAAAAUGCAGGCCUAUUGGGAUUAACAAGAGUUGGAAGUCGGAGAGUGGUUGAAAUAGCAGCAGGCUUUAUGCUUCUCUUUUCUGUCUUAGGAAAAUUUGGGGCUAUUCUGGCUUCAAUACCCUUGCCAAUUGUGGCAGCUCUAUACUGUGUCCUCUUUGCCUAUGUGGCUUCCGCAGGACUAGGAUUUCUCCAGUUCUGUAACCUGAAUAGCUUCAGGUCAAAGUUUAUCCUCGGCUUUUCUCUCUUCAUGGGCUUUUCCGUUCCACAAUACUUCAAUGAUUAUAUUCUAAUAUCUGGGCAUGGCCCUGUUCACACUCGCGCCAUCUGGUUCAAUGACAUAAUGCAAGUCAUUUUCACUUCCGCGGCAACGGUGGGAAUAAUCGUUGCAUAUUUCUUGGAUUGCACCCACAGCUUGACACACAGUGCGACUCGGCGUGACAGUGGCCGACAUUGGUGGAGGAAAUUUAGAACAUUUGAUCAAGAUAUAAGGAGUGAAGAAUUUUAUGCACUUCCUUACAACCUUAACAGGUUCUUCCCUUCAUUUUGAUUUGGAAGAAAAUGAUUGUCAUCAAUAGGCACAGAAAUAGAGAAAUAUCACCAAUUUAUUGCAUUAUAUUUGGAAAAUAUGUUUAUCUAUACAUAGCACAAAAUGUAUAGAGUACAGUUAGGCUAAUAGAGAUGCCUUGAAAAUUAAUUAUUUAAUUGGGUCGUUUUGGCACAAAAUGACCCUAAUGUAUACCCGUGUUUCUUGUGUAGAUGAUAGUUUUACUUGAACCAUUAAUUCAACGGCAAUUAAUUUCAAAUA